AUGGGCUGCAAUAUUUCUAACCGGGUCGCUGUCACCCAGCUGUCUUCUGAAGAGCUACAGAAGAACCAGGAAGCCAAAAGCCAGACUAAAAAUGACAGCACUGCUGGAACAGAAGCUGCCCCCUCACAGGAUGGGGCAGCUUGGCCAAUGGGCACCUCAAAGGACAGAGCCAAACUUGGAUGCGAGACCAGUGAGGGAGACUCCCCCAACGACCUACCAGAAAGAUUUACACCUCAGAAAAACAGCAAUGCACAACACACAGAUGCACUGCUCACCAGUGAGUUCAUCAGUAAAUCAUGGUCCUUACGGGAUACAAGGAGGCAAAAAUCAUCAGACAUUCUAGAGGAGCUGAGGAUGCAGGGAAUAAUCAAGAGCCAAAGUACCACUGCCAAGACAGCAGAAGUGUAUGAAAACAAGGGAGAUGCCCUGGAAAAGACACUGAAGAAAUCCCCAGGUAGGCUGGAAGAAAUUCAGUUUGGAAACAAGGAAGUGGGUGAUUUUACAGUGAAGGACAUGAAGAUUUCUGCUGAAGUGAAAAAACAGGUUAGGGAAGAGGAACUGAACAAAAUGCCACAACACAUCACAUUUUUUUCUGCAACUGUCCACCAGACUACAGGGAAACAGACUGAACAAGACCACCCAAGUUCUGAAAGUCAAGAGGGUACAUACACCCCUCAGCCCUCACCUCCAGACAUGAGCCAAGGGUACCACCAAAGGAAACAACUGCAGCAGAAGCCACAAUUACUCCAGGACUUUCAUCAAGUCUGA